AUGCGCAUUACCGACCAUCUCUUUCUUCUCUUUCUGCUCCUCUGCCCGGCCCUCGCCAUCGGACCGAGCUGCUUCAGAGUCGUCUCCGCGCUCGUCGGUCGACCCAGCCACAUCUUCAACAAAUUCCAAACCGAGAUCUGCGAGCGAGGAUGCCAGCCCACGAUCCCACACUGGGACCUCUGGACACGCAACAAUUCUUUUGUACCCGCCGUGCAGAGCUUGAUGAAGCGCAUGAAUGUUCCUCACCAGGAGGAAGCGCUGCUGAAGAUGGGCGACGACGUGGCCGUGAUUAUAAAGCGGCGCUGUGCUCCAUUGUUACAUGGCCGCCAUAUCUGCUCGGAUCCCAACACGCUGGCUGACUUUGGCAACUGCUUUAAGCGCAACUUUCUUCAAGCAUCCAUUAAGCAUCUCCCCAUCCUCCUGCCCAUGGCUUCUGAGGCGGCGUGCCAGGAGCAGUACAGAUUCCUCCAACGGGAUGAGCUAUGGGAAGAAACCAUUCCGCAAAACAUGCGCGAUUACGCCAGUGUCUGCGAUCAACUAGGCCCCUACAAGCAUGAGGAAUUGUGA